GUUACCUUUCCAUCGGUGGAGGCUGUACCUGUCCAGCAGGAAAGAGAGAUGGAACCGCCAGCCACCGCAGAAAAACGCUCCUCCAGACGCCUUCUCUUUGACCGCCGUUACGGCUGGGUGGUCGACGAGUGGAAGGACCCAUCUGAGGAAGCUCUUGCCGGCGGAAGAGGAAUGUUUUGUGUAGUUCCUUUGGGCAAAACUCUGUUUCAGACCGCUUCACAAUCAAUUAACUCGGCCGUCAAAAUUAUAGAUAUGAAGCUUCAGAAAUGGCAAAAUCCUAUGCACAACCCAAGCUCUAGUGUUGUAGACAGUAAUGGAGAUUCAGGGUGAAAAUGCAAAACCUGAAUCAAAUGUUUUUUUGGAUUUGACAAAAAGAAUCCAUGUGUUUAGUGUUUGUGAUUAGUCACUCAGCUAGAUGAUGAUCUCAUCUAUGUACUCUUGUUUGCUUGUGUUCAAGACAAUUCCAAAGACAUUGUGUAGUUAUAUUAACAUUCCCUAGUGACUUGUACAGUUUCGUGUUGCAAUGAGUUAGUGGCAGAUAUGAUGUAAUUUCUUAUCAAUCUAUAAAAUGAUAGUGUAGCGAAAGUA